GCUCUUCAAGCCUUGUGGAAGUUGGGUAUCGUCCACCAGGAUAUCAAACCUCAGAACAUCCUGAUUGACCAGAACGGGCGGGCUGUCCUCUCCGAUUUCGGGCUUGCCGAACUCGUCGGCGAAGGGCAGUACCACACUUGGCGGGACUACGAUGAGUGUGGCACGCCUGCGUACAUGGCGCCCGAGAUCGUUGCUUCCGACCAUGCCUCGCGCGGCCACGGCGCAGAAGUGGACGUUUGGAGCCUCGGG